UCUUAAAAUACACAGAACUUCUGGUGAAGGUGAAACACGCACAAGGACGAUGGGGACGUCGCUAAUGAACUACCACACAUUGGUUAUUUCGUUGAUGGAAGAGUAUGUGAGGGAAAUGGAAGAUGCAGUGGAGAUAUUUAAAGCGAAUAUGACCAUAUCUCUCGGGCCUCGUGCCAUUGCAGCCAUAUUGGACAAGCCCAUGCCUCCGUUGCCUCCGGGGCCUACAACGCCGCUGCCACCAAUUCCAGUCCCGGAUGGAAUCUCACCCGAUGAACUGGCGCUAACAUUCGAGAAAAUUAAACAGCUGAAAUCUCGACAGUGUCAAAUGCGUUUAGAGAUGGAAAGAAUCACUAAGGUUGUUGAGUACUUGACGUGGAUGCGGGGCUGGUCUCAACCCCCGUUGUACGACUAUGUUCUCGAUAUUCUUUCUAUUGUAGAACGCUACAACAACAAGACCCACUACGCGAUAAAAAAUUAUAGAAGAAGCUGGGAACGUUUGAGACCGAUGAUAUUGGAUAGCCCUUACGUCGGGAUACCGCCACAGGUGAUGUUCCCGAUGUUGGGUUACCAUUCCUCUUUGGCAGCCGGGCAAACGCCACCGCCAGACGACACGAUUCAAAAGUUUGAAGAGCUGAAGCUUGAUGCAGCAGAUUGCACAAUGGAUCAAUAAAAGUGAUUAUCAGGACUAUUAUCACACUACCCGAGUAAACCGCAAAAAAUACCACUAUUUAAUCUCUAAAUAACAAAAAACCUCGUGAUAAAUAAACUAGCAAAAACUACCCUGUGAAAUUUAGUCAAACACAGAAAACCCCCCUAGUUUACUCUCGGGUGGCUCACUCGCUGGAUGUGCGGCAGGUAGUUGAUUUUUGGAUGUGAAAUAACGAAAUAGUCCCUCAAAAAAAAAA